UCAUCAAUGUGUUGAUAAUGGAUGAUUCGAAAACGAAAAAAAUUCGUAUCAUCAAUCAUUUUGAACAUCAUGAACGACAAGAAUUAUGUCAAACACGACCAAAAUAUCGUAAUGGUCGACGACAAACAGCUAUCAAAGUUUUCACCAUUGCUGAUGAAUCAUUUUAUCUUUUAAUACAUAAAGUUCAUUUAUCCGGUGUUAAUGUUGGUGAAGAUCUGAGAAUUCUAUGCGAAACAUUUGGUACAAUCGAAAAAUUUGAAUUGGUCGAUUAUCCACAACAACAACAACAACAAAAAGAAUCAUUCACAAAUGUUUACAUGGUUAAAUAUGAAAAAAUAAUUGAUGCAAUUCGUGCAAAAAAACGUAUGGAUGAUUAUGAAUUUCUUGGAUCAUUAUUACAUGUUUGUUAUGCACCUGAACAUGAAACUAUUGCCGAUAUUCGUUGCAAAUUGAAUGCACGUAAACGUUAUGUUGGUAUAAAAUUGGCACAAUGUACAAAUUUAUUGAAGAAAAAUAAAUAAUUUUACAAUUGAA